AUGCAUCACAACAAGAAGGAGGAUGCAUAUAUCGACAUCUCCUCAGAUGAUGACGCAAAAAAAGGAGUCGAUGACAAUGAUUUAGAUUCAAAGACAUUAGUUGAAAUCUCAAAUGAUGCUGAUCUUCCUGCGGAUGUUGCAGUAUCAAUGUCAUUUAUGGAUUCACCAAUCGAUGUCACAACUUCAAUUUAUCAUGGUGAUAUCCACGGCGAAUUUUCUAAGAAUGAUCCACCUGGAUUAGUUAAUGGUGAACAUCCACUUCAAAUUUGA